GGCGGUGUCUUUCACUACCUCUCCAGCCACAGAAAAACCAACCAUUAGACGAAAACUAAAGAAAGGAACCAUGAUGUGGAGCUCGCCUUCAGUGCUCCAGCCCCAAGCUCUCCGCCCUCAUCUUCUUCCACUAAAACCCACCCAGUUUCCACUCUCCCUCCCCCAAACCCAGAAAUUCCUGAAGCCGCUUCUAACCAACUGGAGUAACCGCCCAAUCCUUCACCCACAUCUGGUUUUAGCCAAAUCUCCGAAUUCGGACCGGUCGCCGCGGAAAACUGAGGAACAGAAAUGGACCAGUGAAGGUUCGGUCACCGAGUCGCUUCCCAACGGCAUGUUCCGGGUUCGCUUGGACAACCAAGACAUGAUUAUCGGUUACAUUUCAGGUAGCAUCCGGAAGAAUUACAUCCGCAUACUGCCGGGGGAUAGAGUCAAGGUCGAAGUCAGUCGCUACGACUCGUCCCGAGGCCGCAUAAUCUAUAGACUCCGCAACACCAAAGAUUAGAUUCUUCUGGAUUUUGAUUUUGUUGUGCUUUCUCUUUCUGUUUGCUGUGUAUUUAUUUCCCCACGUGUAUGCCUCACUUCGUUCUGUGUGAAAUUUAAUCAGUUCUGUCUGCUAUUUUCUUGCUGGUUA